GUUAUCAGUUUCUAUGAUCGAUCACUCUCGAGAUUAUGGUUUUUAAGUUUUAUAGUUAGUGUUCGAUCAUUCAGUUAUUGGAUAAUAAUUAAGUAAUGUAAUUCACAAUUGAUCGCUACUAUCCUUUAAUCUCAUCACUGUGUGUUGAGAAAUACACUAUUUUUCCAAAAUGGAAUUUUUCUUAAUAAUUACCAUUUCUUUAACUAGAGCUGGUUCAUCACAUUGAGUCGUUCAUUUAUUGUCCAUAACAGUCAAUACUUGGUAAAUAUUCUCAUUUCAUUGUCUAAUUCUAUCAUUAGAACUUUGAACACAUCUAUUCUUGAGCACAUUACUUAUGAAUCAUUUAAAUAAGACUAAAUAAUCUUACAAUACUAACUGGUUUUAAAUACUUUUUCUUGUACAUAGUGAACUAUAUCUUCAGAUUAAUCGAGUUCUCAUAAUCACAGUUUAAUGAAAAUGAAUUUUGUGAUUUAUUUAUUAUGACAUUAGAAACUAUAUCUCAGUAUAUCACUUUUGUGUAUACCAUUUCGUUUUUUUUGUUUGUUUGAAAGUUAUUAGGUGCAGAUCAUUUGGAUGUAGCAAAACAAUUGAACAAUUUGGCCUUACUUUGUCAAAGUCAAGGGAAAUUCGAUGAAGUCGAAUCUGCAUUUCGACGAGCCUUAGAUAUAUAUGUCAAACACCAUAAGCCCUCAUCACCUAUCAUACGAAAAGCCAAAAGCAAUUUGGCUUCUGCAUUAUUGAAACGUCGAAAUUUAGCAGAUGCAGAAUCUCUAUUAAAAUCAGUUUUAACACCAGACUAUGGUUAUACUUCAACACAGCAAAGAAGUCAUUUAAUGAAUAAUUUUUUACAGUCGGAAAAUGUUGAACAUGAUUCUGCUAUUUAUUCAUUAUCUUCACUAGGUAGUAGUCAUAUAAGUAGUAUUAGUAGUAAUGGUGGUUAUCGUGGUGUUGGAUCUUUGUUGGAUGGUGGUGUUGUUUUACCAUGUGAUUCUACUGAACAAUCUGUGAUAAUGAAUUCAUCUAGUCGACCAGUUAAUCCAUUAUGGGUAAUAUUAGAACAAAGUAUAAAAGAUAAUAAUAAUCGAAAAUUUUCACUUGUUACAUGGGCUUCGGAAGCCAGAAUCGAACUGUAAGUUGUAUAUACUCUCCUAUUAUUUUUUAUCUGUCAGAUGGAUAAUAAUUGAAUCUUUUUUUAUUUUUCUAAAUUGAUAAUUAUUGAUAAUGAGUGGAAAAUAAUAUGUCUAUGAAUGAGACAAAAAUCAUCAACUUGUAGUUUGGCCUAACUCGCUAUACUAAAUUAAUAUGAAGAGACAAAAUUGACAAGAUGGAUGACAAAACGGACUGAAAUAAUAUGGUAGCAAUGACUAUGACUCGGAAAGACAAUGGAAAAGUAUUUAGGAAGGAAUACUGGAAUACACAAUCAGGAGGAAGUUAAGUAGUAAGUGUAUCUACUCUGUUGUGAAGGAUUCUGAGAGAUGUUCCCAUAAAUUUUCUACCACUGAUCGCCGUUAUCACAUGGAUUCCAACCAGGCAGUCUGCACCCACUAAAAUGGUUCAAACCAACGGUCCAUGACUUCGUGAACUGAUACUGUAUGUUGGUUUGGCCACUUCUGUCUUUCUUCCAACUUAGUCAUACACCAGUCAGUAACACUUGUCCAAGUAGGCAGUGGUUUGGUAUAACUAAUACAUGUCCCAAUUACCUCAGUCCUCAGUCGAUGAAGGCUUGGAACCUCAUCAAAUGGUACUCCACCUUUACCUAGUAACCUGUGUCUAACAUCAGCCUUGCUCACUUGAUCAAAUUAAUAGGUAGUUUACACAGAAUAUAUCGAAACUAAACAUACCUUUCAAACAUUUUACUGAUUUUCUAAGCUUGAAAGUUCCAACAUAGUCUGAUUAGAAAGCCUGAAAUUUUCGGUUAUCUCUCCAUUUUCAAAUUUUAACAAACCUAUAAUUUUUUUAUUUCUAAUUGUCUUUAUGAUCAGUAUUAUUAGCGCAAGUAAUUCAUCCAAUCAUUAGUAUUCAGUCGCUGACUUAAUAAACGAAAAUAUGACCUGUUAUAUUUAAAGUACAUUGAAAUUGUGUUGUAUCUUAGGUGAAUUUUAUAAGAGUCGAGUUAAUAACAACACUGAAAGGUUUGAUUACUUUGAGAUUCGUUUCUUCCCGUUCAAUUUACGUUACUGCUAUUUAUUAUCAGUUUAGGGGUUGUGGAGAUUGUUAAAUUUUGAUUGAGAUCAAUCGGUUCAUGCUAUAUAUUAGUUUGAUUUUUUAACAGUCCAUAUUAGGGUAUGUAUUUAUCUUGGGUUUUCGAUUUCUGGUGUUUUUUAGUUGUACAGUUUUGUUAUUUUCAGUGUCAUUUUGUUAGCUUUACGCUUUGUCGAUGCAAUUUUCCAUCGUUAUUUAAUAUUCCCUUGUUAUUUUUAAUGAAAUUUAUCUUUACGCUGUCGCAUUUCUUUCAUAAAGUACAGAUUGAAUAGAUCGAUCUGUCUACUGUAAUGGUUUAGAAUGUAGUUUAAAAAGUUAUACAGAUUUCACUGAAACUCAUUAAAUUUAGUAAUGAACAUUUUCAUUUAUAUCGUCAUGAGUCGGUGGCUGGUAUCCUCAAAUUUUUCGUACUAAGUACAUCGCGAAAAUAUCUACGUAAUCUAGUAUCUUGUUACUGGUCAUUCCUGUAAACUGGAGUGAAUUCGGUAAUUAUUAUUUCCAGAAUAUAUUAUUAUUAAAGCAAGCAUUUUUGAGUGCCGGUUUCAUAAGUUUAUUGUCGAAAAACCGAUUGCAGUGGCAAAUAUCCUUUCACAUCCUUUAAAUCUUUGCGUUUUUCGUACUAGUUCUCACCCAUUAAAUGAAAUUUCUUACGUUUAACUCUCGACCACAGUUGAUUUAUAUUUAAUUUCCAUCCUCCUCUCAUCUUGUUGAUUUCCACUAGCUGUGCACUAAAUCGUCCGUUGAAGCUCUGACUCUCUUUGUGUGGCAUCUGCUACUUUGAAAGCCGUUAUAGGAAGGACUCUCGUUGUAUUCAUGAAACUAUCUUUUGCGUAAUCUGUGGUAGCAAUCACAGCAACAACAGAAUCUUCGUUAGUAUUCGGGUGAUUACUUAUUAAACACAAUAGAGCGUCUGUCUGACGGUACUGAAUGUCAAAAUCAUAUCAGUGUUAUCUUCCACCUCUACCGUGUAUUUUCCGAAUGUACCGAUAUUCUACACUUCGAGCCAAAAACUGCUAAUAGGGGUGUUUAGUCAGUAAAAAAUGUGAGGUGUCUGGCGUAUAGCAUUUUGUAAAAACUUGAUCUACAAUUUAGCUGACAGGCUGGACGUUUUGUGAACAAUUUUAAGAAUGCUGUUUUAAAAGCUAAGAGAGAUGUGGGCUGUGAAAGAAAUCACCUAACGAUUCUUACCCGUUUACAGGAGUACUAACAAUAGAGCUUCACAGCAAAAGUCACAGGCGGCAGCACUAAUAGAAUGGAAGCUGUGGACAGCAAAUGACGCAAUGAAACUAACUAGGAAGGAAGGUCAACAGGAUGACAUCUUACGCAAGACAAUGUCAGUAGUGUAUAUCCAUGACCUCAGACCUACAAAAGAACUUUGGGAGAGGAAGAGUCAUCUUUGAAGUGGCCGUAGAAGGAUAAAAAUGGAUGUGCCAUGGGAACCAGAAACGUAGAAGAGCCAUCAGAAAGAACUAGUUAAGCUUUGGACAACCUCCCUGAUGUAGUAAAAUUCCAGAACAAAUACCAAGUCUGAUACAAAGCGGAACAGAAGCACUAUCACAAGAACCUACCGAAACGUUUUUACCACUAACAAGCAAGCGACGGCGAACGAGGAUACGUAAUUCAGACAGAGUGAAAGCUUUUCGAAAAAGAGAAUGUGUUAAGAUGAUCACAAGAACAACUAAAUUUUAUUAGAAUUGGUAAAAUCUUUUCAGGAGCUUUAACCGCCCGCAUAUUCUUUUCUAAUCUGAUUUCCCCCAUAACUUUUUCCCUCUGAUUGUUUGUCAUUGUUUUUAGUUCACUAAAUUCCUAUGUGCUUGAAGGUCAUAUUUUGUAACUUUCGGGGACUGUUUGCUUGACACUUUCUUAACACAUAAGAUCACGUGCAGUAAAAAAAUCCCACUGAGCAUCCAUAUCAAGUUGAGGGUGGAUUUCUCAGUCCACCUGCUGUAGAUUGUCCCUUGAAGCUGAUACAUCCAACCGUUUAAAAUUCUAACAUCUUUUGCUAUUAGGAUGUUUUAGCCCAGUUUUGCUGAUUAAAUUCAGGGCUAUGACGGUGUGAUCACUAUUUCUCAGGGGAGCCAGGAUCUGGAAGUUGUCAGUCUAAGCGUGACGGUGUCUUACUGUUUCUUCACCGUGUUACCGACUUCACAUUUUCGAUUAGUCCAAAAUCUUAAAUGAAGUUAAAGAACCGAGUUUCAGUAGAGUUGUCACCUCCAAUGUACAUAUGUUCAACAAAUUAACUUUAGCAAGAUUGAAGUCUCCUAGAACUAGGAUAUGUGUAUCCCUAGGCGAAUAGAGAGGGAUAAUCCCCCCAGCAUACGAUUGUCGUACUCGGUGUCAGCAGUAGACUUCCUGUUAAUGACUCCAACUGGACAUCUCGAGGUGUUAGCCAAUCUCGCUAAGCACCAUACAGAUUUACCAAAUUUGAUAAACUAUUGAAUACACACUUGAUGUGCUACCAAGCACGAUCGUAGGUACAGGGUGGCUCCGCCCAUCAUUCCUGUUUUUCGGUCUUCGCUUAACAAAGACAUACCGGGUAUUGCCAUCUCCUGGUCUUUAGUUCAAGAGGAUGAUCAUAUCUCAGAUAUUCCCGUUAGAUGCGUAUUACUAAUGUUAAUUAGUUCACGGAACUCGUUCAUUUUGUUCGGUAUACUCGCAGCGUUCAUGUGUAGCAGAUUAUGGUUUUGAUUUGAAACUCGUGAGCUUCCUCGUUCUGUCUGUCUGAAUAAGCCAUAUGUGAAUAGAUAGGCAUCCCACCUAUACAGGAUAAUAGUCCCUGUACCUUCUAUAUUUUUCUACGUUCUUGACAGCCCACAUGUGGAAUAGUCAGUUCAAACGUGCUUUUGUGCUUAAUGCUUGCAUCAUGGGGCCUGUUUAGAUUCAUGUGGGUUCCAGUUGGUAAAGCGUCUUCUGGCACGAAAUGCUUAGGGAGUGACAGCCGUCAUUUGGGAAGAUGAAGAGAUUAUCUAAUUAGCCGGGGUCUAGAAUUCCUUCCCUUCUUUGAUAAACAUACCAUUUGUUUAUUUAAUACGUUCUUAAGCUCCAAGGUUUACUUUAUAAACUUCUAUUUUAGAAUACCAGUGUCCGUGUUUUAUGGGACACCUCGCACAAUAAUGUUUCUUCUGCGAAAGAACUCGUGAGAUUCUUUAGGGAUGUUCCUGGGAUUACACCUAAAAUAUGGUAUUUCAGGCAGUAUACUAAUAUCCCCUUCUGAAUUCAGCAAGUGAUCGACCAUUAGAACAUCCUCUACUUCAACAGUGUUAGUGAAUGUUAUACGAAGUCUUAGAUGAUGAUCGUGUUUGAUGUUUCUCCCUUGUGUAAGCUGUGUUACCUUUAAGUGCUUAAUUUUGGAAAGUUUAAGCUUCCUAUUUAAUUCUUCCCAAAGCAUCCUGUCGUUUUUAUCCUGAAGACUGAGGUGAAGUUCAGAUCUGUCUUUCAGGUUCGUGAUUAUGAGAGAAUCAUCGCGAACUGUGACUGUUUUCCCAAGUUUUCUUGUACGUUGAGGCAUUUAAAUUACGAUCUGGAUCCCUGUGUUUUUUGUUAACUAGUUCAACAAUUUUAGGGGUAGAAUGCACGUCCGAUUCACUAGCUAGUUUUCCCAUAAAACACGGGCUGUUCAACAUUUUCUGUGAUGUUCGUUUAUUUCAUGCAAUUGGUUCCCUUUAUGAAUUUAAAUAGAGCAAGAACAAACAUUGAUGCAGAAUAGUAUGAAUUCAUAUUAUUUCGAGGUUUCUCGUCAGUUGCUUACAAACCAUAUAUAUAGUUAUUAUUGUAAUCAAGUUAUUUACACUCAUUUAUGUCAAUUGUUUCACACUAUCUCCAUGUAAAAAUUCUAUCACAAUUUUGGUUUGUAAGCAGCUGACGAGAAACCUCGAAAUAAUAUGAAUUCAUACUAUUCUGCAUCAAUGUUUGUUCUUGCUCUAUUUAUGUCCGUUUAUGUUUAAUCUUGUUGACUGGGUUCUAGUUGCCUACAGUAGAUGUCUUGAAGGCUACAGUUGCAUUUGGAGAGUCUGUGCUCGAGGACACAGAUAGAUUUACUAAGAGUUUAGCACCGUCAAUGUUACAGAAGUGUUAUGUUUCAGAAAAUCCUCACUAGUGUUGAUACUCGUUCCAUCAACACUUAUGUUGUCGAAGACCCUCUUUUUUGCCUUACUGCAUGCCUUUGUUUGUUUAUCCGUCUCAGAACUGCCUUUUUUCAAGGUUACUGACAACGUUUUAUGCAACUUAGUCAGGAUACCACGUGUGAUAGCAAAACGACAUCCAGGUCGCCUACAUGUGAUCCUAGUAACCAUGGCGAAAUAUAAGUUGUUAAAUAAAUCUCGGCAAAAGUUUUCGACCGUGAAAAAAAAACAGUACACCCUAAACGGAUAAAAACGAGUAGUAUAUAACGUUAGGAUAUAGUGAAAUCAGCUCUGACGUGAGAAACCAUAAAAGGUGAAUAAUAAGCCAAGACAAAACCACAGUUAACUAUUAACUCGGAUAAAACUAAAAAAGAAAGGUAAUCUACCGAACGUUCAGAUCGGGACAGAUUCUUUUGAUCAAAAAUGGUACUUUUGUUGCGCAAGAACACAGCAAAAGUUGGAGAAGUGCAAAUCAUUUUAGGACAAUACUUCCAUUCCGCAAAGGCUUUCUACUGUAGUUUUAGUUGUACCAAUUCGUCUUAUGUUUUUUCUUCUACUUCGAAUAUCAAGUUUCUCGCAAUCUGUCUUCUUCCUGUAUUAGCCAUCAGAGUGUUUGAUGUGAUAUGUGUAAAUGACUGUUGCCGAUUUGAAAGGAAAACAAUUGUAUUAGAGCAGUUCAGACGUUUUUGUUCCUAAAUCCGUAAAUAUCUUAGGCCCGUAUUAAAAUCCUACUAGUAAGGUAUAACACUGUGAUCGUGUGGUCUAUGUUAACUUGAGCUAACUCACUUCUGCACUAAAUCUUUCUUUGUAAUUAAAUAACUCACUGACAUCCCUAUCAUUAAGUUGUGAAUUUAAAAGUUCUAUUAAUAGGCCUAUCCAGGAGGUAUUUAGUUAAAUUAUUUUACUUAGAUUAUAUAUUUUUACAAUCGAAUACAUUGUUUGUUGAUUGACAGGAAUUCAUCAUUAAAGAACCAAGUCAUUGUUUCUGUUUCUCAGUUGACCAACUUUUAUACACAACAGUCAUAUUUGUUUAAUUUCACUAAAACUUUAUGUAACACAAUUAAUGUCAUUCGUUUAAUACGAAAAUCUAUGGUCGAUAGUAUUUGGUUGGUAAAAUACAU